UCUUCCCAAACCACCACCACCACUACUACUUCUUCAUUCCACAAAAGUCUCUACAUUCGCAAUGGCCCGAACGAAACAAACAGCUCGUAAAUCUACUGGAGGAAAGGCACCUCGUAAACAAUUGGCAGCCAAGUCUUCUGCUCGCAAGUCUACUGCAGCGGCUGCUGGAGGAGUGAAGAAGCCUCAUCGAUUCAGGCCUGGAACAGUUGCUCUUCGUGAAAUCCGAAGAUAUCAAAAGUCGACGGAGUUGUUGAUUAGAAAGCUUCCUUUCCAACGACUUGUUCGUGAAAUUGCCCAAGACUUCAAGACUGAUUUGCGAUUCCAAUCGUCUGCUGUUAUGGCUCUUCAAGAAGCUGCUGAGGCGUAUCUUGUCUCGCUGUUUGAAGAUACGAAUUUGGCAGCUAUUCAUGCGAAGCGUGUUACUAUUCAACCCAAGGAUCUUGCCCUUGCUCGUCGGUUACGUGGGGAGAGGACAUAG